UCCGCUGCGGCCCGCUCCUCCGGCGUCAAGGUCAUGCGCGUGACGCGCAUGAUGUUUGAGCGCUUCACGGAGAAGGCUAUCAAGGUGGUGAUGCUCGCCCAGGAGGAGGCCCGCAGGCUGGGCCACAACUUUGUGGGCACGGAGCAGAUCCUGCUGGGCCUGAUUGGCGAGUCCACGGGCAUUGCCGCCAAGGUGCUCAAAUCGAUGGGGGUGACCCUGAAGGACGCGCGGGUGGAGGUGGAGAAGAUCAUUGGGCGCGGCAGCGGCUUUGUGGCAGUGGAGAUUCCCUUCACGCCGCGCGCCAAGCGCGUGCUGGAGCUGUCUCUGGAGGAGGCGCGCGCCCUAGGCCACAACUACAUUGGCACCGAGCACAUCCUGCUCGGCCUGCUGCGCGAGGGCGAGGGCGUGGCGUCCCGCGUGCUGGAGACCCUGGGCGCCGACCCGCAGAAGAUCCGCACGCAGGUCAUCCGCAUGGUGGGCGAGAGCCAGGAGCCUGUGGGCUCCACCGUGGGCGGCGGCUCCAGCGGCAGCAACAAGAUGCCCACUCUGGAGGAGUACGGCACCAACCUGACGCAGCAGGCGGAGGAGGGCAAGCUGGACCCGGUUGUGGGGCGCAAGAAGGAGAUCGAGCGCGUGACCCAGAUUCUGGGCCGCCGCACCAAGAACAACCCCUGCCUGAUUGGCGAGCCCGGCGUGGGCAAGACGGCGGUGGCCGAGGGCCUGGCCCAGAAGAUUGCCACAGGCGACGUACCAGAGACAAUUGAGGGGAAGCAGGUCGUCACGCUGGACAUGGGCCUGCUGGUGGCGGGCACCAAGUACCGCGGCGAGUUUGAGGAGCGGCUGAAGAAGCUGAUGGAGGAGAUCAAGCAGAACGACGACAUCAUCCUGAUGAUUGACGAGGUGCACACGCUGAUCGGCGCUGGCGCGGCGGAGGGCGCCAUCGACGCCGCCAACAUCCUCAAGCCCGCGCUGGCGCGCGGCGAGCUGCAGUGCAUCGGCGCCACCACGCUGGACGAGUACCGCAAGCACAUCGAGAAGGACCCCGCGCUGGAGCGCCGCUUCCAGCCGGUGCACGUGCCGGAGCCGUCUGUGGAGGAGACGUACGAGAUCAUGCUGGGGCUUCGCGAGCGGUACGAGGCGCACCACAAGCUGCGGUACACCGACGAGGCGCUGCGGGCGGCCGCCAAGUACAGCUCGCAGUACAUCUCCGACCGCUUCCUGCCCGACAAGGCGAUCGACCUGAUUGACGAGGCCGGGUCGCGCGUGCGCCUGCGGCACGCCCAGCUCCCCGAGGAGGCUCGCGAGUUGGACAAGGAGCUGCGCGCGCUGCUCAAGGAGAAGGACGCCGCCGUCAGGGCCCAGGACUUUGAGAAGGCGGGGUCGCUGCGCGACCGCGAGAUGGAGCUCAAGUCGCAGAUCUCCGCCAUCACCAGCAGCGCCAAGGACUCGGCACGCGCCGAGAUGGAGAGCGGGGAGGGCGGCGGGCCCAUGGUCACCGAGCAGGACAUUGCCAACAUCGUGGCGCAGUGGACGGGCAUCCCGAUCGAGAAGGUCUCCUCCGACGAGACGGAGCGGCUGGUGAAGAUGGAGCAGGUGCUGCACGGGCGCGUGAUUGGGCAGGAGGAGGCGGUGACGGCCAUCUCUCGCGCCAUCCGCCGCGCCCGCGUCGGCCUCAAGAACCCCAGCCGACCCAUCGCCUCCUUCAUCUUCUCAGGCCCCACCGGCGUGGGCAAGUCGGAGCUGGCCAAGACGCUCGCCUCCUACUACUUUGGCUCGGAGGAGGCGAUGGUUCGCCUGGACAUGAGCGAGUUCAUGGAGAGGCACACCGUCAGCAAGCUGAUCGGCUCGCCACCCGGCUACGUGGGCUACAACGAGGGCGGCCAGCUGACCGAGGCGGUCAGGCGGCGGCCGUACACGGUGGUUCUGUUUGACGAGAUUGAGAAGGCGCACCCAGAUGUUUUCAACAUGAUGCUCCAGAUCCUGGAGGACGGCCGCCUCACCGACUCCAAGGGCCGCACUGUGGACUUCAAGAACACGCUCAUCAUCCUCACCUCCAACGUCGGCUCCUCGGUCAUCGAGAAGGGCGGCGGCGGCAUCGGCUUCCAGCUGGACAACUCCGAGGAGGACUCCUCCUACAACCGCAUCAAGUCGCUGGUGAACGAGGAGCUGAAGCAGUACUUCCGCCCCGAGUUCCUCAACCGGCUGGACGAGAUCAUCGUGUUCCGCCAGCUGACCAAGCAGGAGGUGAAGCAGAUUGCCGACAUCAUGCUGCGGCAGGUGUUCAAGCGGGCUGAGGAGAAGGGCAUCAAGAUUGACGUCACGGAGCGCUUCAAGGACCGGCUGGUGGACGAGGGGUACAACCCGGCGUACGGCGCGCGCCCGCUGCGCCGCGCCAUCAUGCGCCUGCUGGAGGACUCGAUGGCGGAGCGCAUGCUGGCGGGCGACAUCAAGGAGGGCGACUCCGUCAUCAUUGAUGUGGACGCCGACGGCCAGAUCAGCGUGCUCAACGGCGACAAGAAGAUGGUGUCGGCCAUCCCCUCCGCCGCCGGCAUCGACUACACCUCCUAGGCGCCCAGCUGGCGGGCUGGUAGCCACGCACAAACACACACCCCGACUGCACUACCACCGGCCCUGCACACGACGCGCCGUCGCCCCCACCCAUGCCAGGCGCCCGCUGCAGCCGGCAGCCGGCCGGCGCACGCCAUGCAUACGCGCGUGCCCCGCGCCGCUACUAUAGGUUUUGUCGCUUUGUUGCAAGGGAUGAAGCAUGACGACGCGGGGCGCCGGCGGGCAGCGCCCUGCAGCCGCGGCUCCGCGGCGGCGCGCCACCCAGCCUUUCUUUCAUUCACAGGUCUCCCCCACCCAUACUCUUCUUCACUGCUGCUGCUGUACCAUACAACAACAACUCUUUGAAAUCCCUCGGGAUAGUUGUAACACAACGUGUGAUAA